UCAACAUAUUAUACCGUGAAUAAUUCUUCGAAAAUACGGAAUUUUUUCUUAAAAUAUUCAUGUUACAUAUAGGAUAUAAGCAAUUGUAUAAAAGCCUUUAUCGUUAACAUUACAAAAUUAUAACAAUUGGAUAGCGAUAACGUUGACGUCACAUUUUUAUGUUUAUCGACAACAAACAGGUUUAAAAAUUCAUAUAACAGUUGCUUCACGUGAAGAAUACAAUGGCCAGUAAAUGCUGUAGCGACAAGGAUGGCCCUCGAUGGGGAUGGGUUGUUGCUUUUUCUGCUUUCUGGAUAAAUAUGUUUAUGUUUGGAGUAUUAAGAUCGGCGGGUGUAUUUUAUGUAGCUUUAAUGUCUAUGUUCCACUGCACUCCUUCCGAAGCUGCUUGGCCCGUCAGUCUAGUUCCCACAACAAUGUGUAUAAUGGGUCCAUUGGCGGGUAUUUUAAACCAUUUCUUCUCUGUGAGAAUUAUCGUAUCUUUUGGGAUAUUGUUUGGAACAAUCUGCAUUUCUGUUUGUUAUUUUGCUGCAGAUGUAUUUCAGAUAACUAUUUUAUUUGGAUUAGGAUUUGGUAUAUCAAUUGGAUUAACAUGCACUCUUGUUCCUAUUCUUAUCAACCAAUAUUUUAAUCGUCAACGAGCCACAGCAUGUGGAAUAUGCUAUAGCGGGUCUACAGUUGGAGCUUUUCUCUUCCCCAUUAUAGUGAAUGUAAUAUUAGAAGAAUAUGCUCUUAGAGGAACAUUUUUACUUCUUGGGGGCUUAGUAUUACAUGGACUUUGGGGUUCUAUGCUACUCCAUCCUAUAGAAAUGCAUAAAAAAUCAAGAGGUGUGGAGUUAGAAAUGGAUUGUAAAAACAUAGAGGUAGAAAAAUAUACCAAUAUAGGAUCGAUUCGUAGAAGGGAUUUAAUAGAUCAGGAAAACGCCGAUAAUGAUGAAAACACUGUAAGAAGAAACAGUAUAGCACUUAGUGAACAUAUCGUACCGAUAAAUGAAGAUAUCAGACAUUCAGAGUCUGAAGAGAGUAUAAAAUCGAAUUCCUGUAACAAAUCUCUGAUUGAAAAUUUAAAAACAAAUGCGAAAAUUUUUAUGAAUAUUUCAUAUUUACUCACGACAUUAUCAUAUAUAUCAUCUCACAACGUAUUCGUGAUUAUCACAAUCAUUCUUCCUUCUUAUGCAAUGACAAAAAAUAUCGAUAAAGAAAAUGCCAUAUUUCUUCUGUCUGUUUACUCUAUAUCGGAUCUCAUUGGUCGCAUGAUGCCAGGAUGGUUAUCUUACAGAAAAAUAUUAAGCAACAGAACGAACAUGAUUAUCCAAUUAUGGUUAAUUGGUUCUCUUCUAAUUAUUGCUCAUAUAGUCAAUGGUUAUGAAGGCUUUAUCGCUCUCACAUUGGCAUUUGGUUUUACUGGUGGAAACUUAAUGGUUUUAUCUCCUGUAUUAGUUACGGAAUAUACUGGUAUAGAAAGAGCAGCUAUUGCUUUUGGAUUUUCAAAUUUUUUCAAUGGAAUGUUUUCAUUAAUAAGACCAAAUAUGAUUGGUUAUAUUAAAGAUACGACGGGUACUUACGAUUUAGUCUUCAUUGCAAUAGGAAUUUUAAACUUGAUUGCUGCAUCUUUAUGGACGAUACUUUUAAUAGUCAGACAGUUAUCUGGUUAUAAAUGUUGUGGAACUAAAGAUAGAUAUUACACAAUAAAAACAUGACGCAUUAUUCGUACUUAAAAUAUUUUCUUAAAACCUGUUUUAUAUAAAGAAUUACGAAUGCAUCCUAAUCUAAUAUUUAUAGACGACCUUGAUUGGUAUGCAAAACUUAUUACUAAAAAUGGAUGAAACUACUUUAAGAAUUUUCAUAAUUGAUUUUUUAACUUAUUUUUAUGUAUU